UCUCCUCCGAGCUGGACUGCGGGCGGGAGUCGGAGGAGCAGACGGUCAGGACGGUCCCGGCCAGCAGAGCGGCACUCAGCGCCGUGUAGGUCUGUAGGCUGGGCCAGGGGAACCGCUCCAGGAACAAGAAAGGCAUGAUGGUGAAAGUGCUUAACCGGAAAUCGUAUCGCUAUUUGCUCCGUUAACUGAAAGUUCCGUCGCGUGGUUUAAACUUUACAAUUCAAGCCCCCACCCAACCGGCGGUAAUAUUUUGGUGACGGACCUCAGCGGCUUUAAUCGAACACAUGUGAUCGAUGGCUUCACCCACCCAGGAGACAACCCUGAUCGGUCUGUGUGAUGGAGAGCUCGACCCAAAGAGAUACCAGUCCUCAUAUCUCACCAACAAAGUCGGGGCCCAGCCGGACUGGUUACCGGUCAUCUCCCGGCAGUGUCCUCGCUGUAGGCGCUGCGGAGCCCCGUUAGCUCAUGUGGCGCAGGUGUAUUGCCCCCUGGAUGCCUCCCCCUACCACAGGAACCUCCACCUGUUCGCGUGCCUGGGCGCGGAGUGCAGCGGCGGGUCGGAGGGGUGGAGGGUACUCCGCUCUCAGUGUCUGGAGGCUGAGGCGCAGACACCCGGCCGGCCCGCCCCGGCUCAGGAGGCUACUUUGGCGGCCACGGACUGGUGUGACACCGCUGAUGACUGGGGCAUGGAGGAGGAGGACGGUGAUGGGUGGGGAGGAGGUGUGAAGGAGGAGGAAAAGCAGGUGCAGGAGAAGGCAGCAGCUCCUGAGGUAGAAGCUCCAGGUCCAGGUCCUGGUCUCGGUGAGAUGGACGUCAGCAGCAGGCUUCAGGACCUCAGUUUGGGAGGAUCCCACGAGGACGUUCCCGUCUUCCGCCCGUUCUUCAUCAGCGUGGUGGAGGAGUCAGACCUGUACAAUGAGUACGACGACCUGGAGCACGCUCAGGAGCUGCUGAGGGAGUACGAGAGGAGAGAGGGGGCGGUGGGAGAGCUGGGUGGUGGUGGUGGUGGCGAGGGCGGCGGUGGUGGCGGGGAGGAGAAGUACGAGAAGACCAGAGCCAAACACGGAGACGCCGUCUUCUCCAGGUUCAUGAAGAAGAUCUCGCUGUGUCCGCAGCAGAUCCUGCGCUACCGCCGCAGCGGGACACCGCUCUUCAUCUCCGAGCCUCCGACCAACAUGGCACAGGUGGUGUCGGCGUGCAGCUCCUGCGGCGGAUCCAGGACGUUUGAGCUGCAGCUGAUGCCGGCUCUGGUCAGUCUGCUGCAGAGGAAGGACGGAGGCGGUGAGGUGGAGCUGGAGUUUGGGACGGUCCUGGUUUACACCUGCACAAACAGCUGCUGGACGGCGGGGUCGGGAUCUGCUGUGGAGGAGUUCUGCUUCGUCCAGGCAGAUCCAGACCAGAAGCUCUUUAAAUGAGAGACGGAUCCAUCUGAUCCAGAGAAAACAGAUGUGGAUUCAGGGUGAAAACACCUGCUGAAAGUCUGGUCCAGCGGUUUAACACCUCACCUGUACUGCAGUGACUCCAGUUACUUUAUGUUCUACAAAUUUAAACUCACAUUAGAUCAGUAUUUUAUCAGCUGAGUCGAAUAUUUCAAACUCAAAUCUGAUGAAAUUUCACCUGCGUUUUAUUUCUUGGAGCCUGGAAAAGGCCUUGAAACCUUAGACCCUGAGGUUUGGAACGACUUUCACAGUGAAACAGAACUGAAUAGAUGAAUAAAUAAACUAGACUCUGUUCUCAGCUACAGCUCUGCUCUUUAUCGACGGCAAAUUAAAAAUGAAUUUAAAAACUAAAUAUAACAAACUGAAGUGUUGAUGCUGCAAAUUGUAAAAUUUUGAACAAAACUGAUAAAUUGUCUUUUGUGUUUGUGUUUUUUUGACAUGUUCUUGCUGGUCAGCGAGUUUCAGACUCAUGCAGCAGCAGAUUUACUCUUUAAUAACAGCCUCAGCUCCUCUGGGCUUGUUCCUGCAGCUUAGUAGCAUUAGCUGCUCUGACCUUUGACCUUCCUGUAAUGAACCGUUCUGAAAAUCACACGAGUGCCUUGUCACAGAAUAAACGACUUCCAACCUCA